CAGCUUGGAGGAGAAAGUGGCCACCUCCACAUCCUGUUAGCGCCCACGGGGUGACAAGUAGAGCCAGAGGUCGGGGCGGAUGCAGCCCUAUAAGACAGGAAGCUCCUCCGCAGCCAGGACCAGCGUGAUGGAGCUGAGCAGAGCAGCCGUGGCCCUGGGGCCCGUCGUCCUGGCCGUCGUCUUCCUGUGCGCUUCAGCCUCGGCUCCUGACACCUGCCCAGAGGUGACGGUGCUGGGCCUGGAGGGCUCCGACAAGCUCUCCAUUCUCCGGGGCUGCCCGGGGCUGCCCGGGGCCGCAGGACCCAAAGGAGAGGUGGGCGUCGCAGGAGGGAGAGGAGAACAAGGCCCCUCCGGAGUCCCUGGGAAGGCAGGACCCUCCGGACCCAAAGGAGACCCAGGGGAGAAGGGCUCACGUGGAGAGAAAGGAGAACCUUGGGAGCCUGAUCAAUGUCACACAGGACCUCGGAACUGCAAGGAGCUGCUCACCAGGGGACACUCUCUGAGCGGCUGGUACACCAUCUACCUGCCCGACUGCCAACCCCUUACUGUGCUGUGUGACAUGGACACGGACGGUGGGGGCUGGACCGUGUUCCAGAGAAGGGUUGACGGCUCCGUGGACUUCUACCGGGACUGGGCCACGUAUAAGCAGGGCUUUGGCAGCCAGCUGGGAGAGUUCUGGCUGGGGAAUGACAACAUCCACGCCCUGACCGCCCAGGGAAACAGCCAGCUCCGUGUAGACCUCGUGGACUUUGAGGGCAAUCGGCAAUUUGCCAAGUUCACUUCGUUCAAGAUGGCGGGCGAGGCAGAGAAGUACAAGCUCGUCCUGGGAGCCUUUGUCGGGGGCAAUGCUGGUGAUUCCCUGACGACCCACAGAAACAAGUUCUUCUCCACCAAAGACCGGGACCACGACCAGAGUUCUCACAGCUGUGCCGAGCUCUACAGGGGAGCCUGGUGGUACGGCAAUUGUCUCGCGUCCAACCUGAAUGGCCCCUACCUCACGGGGUCCCAGGACGGCUACCGGGGUGGCAUCAACUGGAAGUCGGGGAAAGAAUACAACUACAGCUACAAGGUGUCGGAGAUGAAGGUGCGGCCCACCUAGAACGGGCGGGCGGGCCGGCCGGCCACCUGUCCCGGCUGCUUCGCACCCACCUGCACGGCAGCGCCAGGAAGCUUCGCUCUGAAUGCCCAGCCUAGGACAGCGCUGGCGGCACCCCACUGCCCCUCUGCCUCCCGCUCUGAAAAACCCGAAGUCAGAGCCCCUUCUGUCCCAUCAGGGUGUCCCAACACAUGCACGUGCCCCACAGAAAGAAGAAUUCUGCUUAUAAAAUUGUUUGCUUUCCAACA